GACAAAAUCUAAUAACAAUAACAAAAAAACAUCCACAAUAUUCGUAGUGUUCCUUUAGAAUAAUUGUCCGUCUGUUAUUUCAUUUACAAUCCCCCUAAACUCUAAGACUGCCCAUAGUCCGUUUUUCUUCAGUGUUGCGCCUCUCCACAGUCCUUUACGGCAGUGGUACUGAUGCGGGAUGAGUCAGGCUAUAUGAUGCUGCUGCUACUGCUGCCAUUUCAUCAGCAGCGAAACACCACAAACACACAGCAAACACAAACGUGAUACCGCGGGACCCCCCACCCCCCCCUGACAGCGAUCAUCCUGCUCUCAGAAACAGCCACGCGUCUCGGCGUGGAAACACAGACGAGACGCUUGUUCGUGGUUUAUUCGUGUCUCCGGUUGAAAGCGCAAGAUCCGGUUUUUUUUUCUUCUUUCCAUUGCACCUGCUCUGGAUGCGUUUUUUUCUUUGCGCUCGGGCCUGACAUCAACAAGGAAAUCAGCUCUGACUCCAGCAGGGCCUGCUGUAGCCUACACCAGCGUCUGUGUCCAGGCUUUAUAAGACAAGCAUCGAGGGCUUUGGGGGAGUUUGGGUUGUUCUGCUGCGUCCUGAGGAUCGACCCAGACAAACUCGUCGGUGCCAUGGAGCCCACAUCAGCCUGGUCGUGAACGCCGCAAACAGCGUAAGAAGAGCAACCAUUCUGGCCUAAACUCCACUCCAGCUCCAAACAGACAUACCGACCGACCGACAGACAGACCGACCGACCGACCGGUGAGAGCGACAGACAGGCCCAGCCAAGUCAUGGAGGCGAUAUGGCUCUAUCAGUUCCGGCUGAUCGUCAUCGGGGACUCCACGGUGGGCAAGUCGUGUCUGAUCCGGCGGUUCACGGAGGGACGCUUCGCCCAGGUGUCGGACCCCACGGUCGGCGUGGACUUCUUCUCCCGGCUGGUGGAGAUCGAGCCGGGCAAGCGGAUCAAGCUGCAGAUCUGGGACACCGCGGGCCAGGAGCGUUUCAGGUCCAUCACUAGGGCUUACUACCGUAACUCUGUGGGAGGGCUCCUCCUGUUCGACAUCACCAACCGCCGCUCGUUUCAGAAUGUUCACGAUUGGCUGGAGGAGGCUCGCAGCCACGUCCAGCCCCACAGCAUCGUCUUCCUAUUGGUGGGUCACAAAUGUGACCUGGAGGCACAGCGCCAGGUGACCCGCCAGGAAGCAGAGAAGCUGGCAGGGGCGUACGGGAUGCGAUACGUCGAGACGUCGGCGCGCGACGCCAUCAACGUGGAGCACGCCUUCACCGAGCUGACUAGAGACAUCUUCGCCCUGGUGCGGUCUGGCGAUAUCACAAUCCAGGAGGGCUGGGAGGGCGUGAAGAGCGGGUUUGUCCCCAAUGUGGUUCACUCCUCGGAGGAAGUGACCAAGAGUGACCGCCGCUGUCUGUGUUGAUGUGGGAAUGAGCUUUGGGACUGAAGGUGAAAAAGGGUAGGGAUUCAGAAAGGAUUCAGAGGAGAGCGGCUGACGGACUGAGGUGUCAGCCCUCUGAAUGAAACUGUUGAUAACCCUCUGUUGUUCUUUGUUCAGACUGGAUACAGAAGGGGAUGUUUAAUGACUUUCAAUGAAGGUAGAAGGCGGAGAAGAACACCUUGAAAAUGGGUGGAUAGCUGAAGGGUUGUGCCCAUUUCUGUAUACGUUUUAUUUCCUGGAGAGGAAGGAUCACAGAUGCUCAUUUACUUGUGAGGGCUCCCAUGAUUCCAUUCCUUUAGUGUUAGGUUUGGGCUUCUUGCUUGAAAAUCCCUCCCUGAACGUCUUAGAAAGGCCUUAGAAAGAGGAUCCAUUUUUGUUCUUCAUCAAAAUAUGAUAAAACUCAAUAGACUAAUCUUUCUUUCUCUUAUCUCUUCCUUCACCUCGCCUCCACCUACUUCUUAAUCUUUUCCUCUCUUCCAAUAUGCAGUUACAUGAUCACAUACCAAACGAUCACUUUUACGUUGGUGUCCAACAUUUUCCUAGCACAUAUCAUUUAAAGUUAAGUCGGCACCUUUAGAUUCAACUUCCCUCGUUAAUAAGAGUCAUGUUUCUCUUGUGCUGACAUUUUGCUGCACAUUCCACUAUCAGAGGUCAACGGAGGAGUCCUGGAGGUCCUACAUUUAAUGAGGGAAGACUGAUUUCCCUCCCGGAGCUGUGGUCUUGUUGCCAGGGACCACAUUAUUUCUCUUUGAAGCAAUUUAGGUCUCCAGUGAGCUCAAUGACAUUGACUAAAUGGUUAUAUCCAGUAUCAUUCUGCUAAAUACUGCACUAUAACAAAACAUCAUCACCCAUCCAGUUCCUUAUGGACUCCUUGAGCAGGAAAAGACAACGUGUACAGCUUGACCGAGGUGGACUUGUUGGACUAGCUUAACAACACCUUACUGUUUACCUUUAACUGGGGACUUGUUAAGGUGGACUAAUACGAGUUUGAAGCCAGAAAGCACCUUCACAGCCAAAUCCAUCUUAACUGUGGAGCCUGAUUUUGGACUUUUGAAGGGUGCAGAUAAACACAGUGGAGAUUGAUUUCUUGAAAGCAGACAUAGAGGGACCAGACCACGGAUUCCACAAAAGAAUCACAUUAUCCACAAUGCACGCAUAUAGACAAUAUAAUCAUGCAAAAAAUGUCCAAUUGGCAGGUGUUAAAUCAACCCAGCACAGAUACAGGCACAAGGAAAACCACAAGGUUACAUUUUGUCCUGAGCAAGUGGUUUAUAUGCCAUUUUUAUGUGUGCGCGCAAGUGAAUUAUCUCAUCAAACAUUUAUUUUCAUUUGAAUACACUCCAGUGCUGCAGGUUGAUGUACCUGGAAUAGUUACUUGUGCAUUUUCUGCAAUUCAAAGAUCCCACUUAGAAACUACAUGGGUUUUGUAUGGGUCAGGUAGCGUUCUGAUACCAAAAAAAGCCCUACUUUCAUGAAAGUUCAAUGAAUGAUCACUUUUUGUUAAAACGGUUUGAAAGAGGUAUUAAUUCAACUGUAUGAUCAUUUUGAAGCACGUAGUUUGUGCUGCUGUUAAAUUGUAUUGCAUUAUAAAGAGAGGUGUUUUGUUUUCUUACUCUACCCAUGAUACCCUCUACAAUUGAUAUAAAUGGGUUUGACGUAUUAGAAAAACAUCUCAGUAUGACGCAAGAUAAUUUAACAGAACCACAAACUUCAGCCUCCAAAAUAACCAUGUUGAAUCAACACCUCUCUAUAUCGGCUCCAAAACUAAAUCUGAAUAUUAUAACUUUCAGGAAGGUAAAACUUUAUGUGCCCGUGAAGAAAAGCAACAAUUUUGUCUUGCCAAUUGAGAUGCACAUGUGUGACUAAGUGCAAACACUUGUUGCAAUUGUUUCAAAUCGCAUCACAUGAAAUGACUUGUGUAAAUGGGUCAAACUGUAUCACAUUGGAAACAAAACUACUGCUACAGUAAUGAGACAAGCUGUGAUGUCAAGCAGGUGUUUGCCAUCACCGAUUAAAGACAGAACACCUAUUGUGACAUCACUGUUUGGGGUAAGGCCAACAUGCUUUUUAAUGUUUAAAAUCAUCAUUUGUUUUGUGUGGUUCUGUGUUAAUUUACCUUUUUUUUAAGAUUAUUUUUGGGGCAUUUUAGGCCUUUAUAUAGGACAGCUGAAGACAUGAAAGGGACAACCUGAUCUCACAGAAUUCCGUAAAAUGAACACGGCCAAUUAACUCAAAAUCUGUGGCAGUUUCACGGAAUUGCAUAAAAUUCCAUGGUGGACCCACGGAAGAAUUCCGUGAAAUGAACACGUCCCCUUAAGUUAAGAAAAAGGUUGUGGGUAGGCUUACGUUUCCAUGACACGCAGGACAACAACAGGAUGGUUGGGUUUAGGAAAAGAAGAACGUGACGUUUAUGGUUGGGUUUUGGAAAUGUGACAUGCGGGACACGAUCUCCGGUCUCCUGGGUGAAAGUCCUGUGUUUGACCCAUACACCACCCCAAUCAACCUCCCUACGCGGAUUUUCGGGCUUUCAUACUACUCGCUACCGUAGUCGCUACUAAUGCUACAUCAUCUUCCCAUUGACUUUACAAUGGCAUUGUUUUCCGUAAUUUUCACACAUUCCGUGCAACCACCACGUAAUGCGGUGUGAACAGUUCGUGAUCAUUUCACGGAAUUCUGUGAGACCAGGCUGGAAAGGGGAGAGAGAGGAGGAAUGACAUGCAGGAAAGGGGAGUAGGGCGGAGUCGAACCUGUGGCCGCUUGGUCGAGGAGUCGACCUCUAUACAUGGGCGCCUGCUCUACCAGGUGAGCUACCCAGGCGCCCGUUAAUUUACUUUUUAAGUAGGCAAUUAUUUUCUGUUACAUUAGUGUUUUAACUCAAAAUGUCAGGCCAGUUGCUGACGUUUAUUUUUAAAGCCAAGGAAAAUCAGAGACAGUGAAUCAUCCUGUUAUAUAAAAAAAUGGUAUUUAAAGGCAUUUUCAAGGAACAUCAAAAAUCAUGUGUGUUCACAGGCAAUUUGUCUGGUUGAUUGAUUAUACCAGUAAUCUCCAAGACGAUUCCAAUAAAAGCUACAUAUUCUUAUGAGAUUAGUGCAGGACCAAAUAUAUUCAUCUGUUUAAUGUUUUGUGAGCCACAUCGACCUACAUAUUUGGCUAUAUUUGCUACAAUAAAUGAUUGUCAUUUAGGCACUGACAUGGAACAUAGACUUUUAGCAUUGUUAGCAAUUAAAUGUACCUUACCUACCUUAAGCACCUGGAUGGCUUGGUGUAGAUCUGUAUUUUUAUACACCUUCAACAAUCUUUAUUUAAACAAUUUUUUUUCCUUUCAUAUGAUUUGAUUAGCAUUUUAUAUUUGAACUCUUUUUGGCCCUUAAACUGAUACACAGUCCUACGUGAAUGCCCUUGUCGAUCCUUGCUGUGAUCUCUGUUAUAUUUCUUUUUUUAAAUUAAUGUAUCCAAUCCUUUCCCCCUGCAAUUCAUAAUUACAGUGAGGAAACUGUGA